AUUCUGGGGAUGACGUAGUGCAGAUUCACACACAGAGAGACCCAGCAGCUGAAAUAAGCAUAAAUCCUCUUACUCGCAGCGUCGAAUUCAUCUGAGCGCCUGGGUGUGGUAUGUAUUAACAUUUGUCCCUCUUAUAAAAUUACUUUUGUUUCAAAUGAUGCUCUGACGAGCUAGAAUUUGGCGUUUUCGUGGUGUGUUUUGGUUGUGUUUUUGUUUUGUUUACAUCCUGCAAGGUCAGCGCCUGCGCAGAGGGCUCCGAUCGAGUGUAUCUCAGCUGUUUCACACGGAUCACCGCCAAAUUAUACAACUUCCGAAACAGAGUACACGGAACAGGGAUACAUAAAUUUGGGAAUUAAGUGUAGAUGAGUAUUUUUUGUCGAAAAUGAUUCAUUCAAUAGUUCAUAAUUAUACUUACCUUAUUUGAAAGAUAAUAUGUGAAGAGAUAACCCAUUGAUAAUGCCAAGGAAUGACCAGCAGUAUAAAGCAAUGGAUUCCAAGAUGGGAUGUAUUCUCUGAAUGAUCAAAAUAUUGACUUUGCGCCUGAGAGGAGGAUUGAACAUGGCGACCGUCACGCAAGGAACACAAAGGACUGCUAUUUCACAAAGGACCAGUGUCCGCAUGUUCUGAACUGGGAAUUAAUUUCCUUUUGCAUAUUUUUGUUUAGCACUAGUAUAUCAUACAGAAUCGGAAUGUGGACUUAAGUUGCCUUUGUUAUUCAGCACAAGGGAUUUCCCCCCGUCCUCUCUAUGAACAAGGUUUCUCAUGAGUAUAAAAAACAGAAGAAAGAAAAAGAAAGAAACCAUCCGCAUGUUGACGCGCUAAGAAAUUAACAGGCCACCGAGGAAGUUGUGAACGAUAUUCACUUCAUUUUGCUGUCGGCUGCUGUGAGAGGUAAACCGUGUUUUGAUGUCAGCUGCUACUGUCACAAUCAGCAUUAUGCCUGUCAGACACCAUGGGAGCAUCAAUGCAAACUGGAUAAGCAUAAUGAACAUGCCAAACCAAGGUGCUCGUCAGGUGUUUCUCUACGAUCACGGCCGGCCUCACUGGUCACAGGGAGGACCUCUCUUCUACGACCGCAGGGUUCCCCCUCCUCCCCCGCCCCAGAUGGGCAACUUUCCCAACCCACAGAUCCAGGGGCCGUCCCCUCAGUGGUUGCGGGGUCCUUUCAUUGGGGGACCAGGCCCUGGCCCCGGACCCAACCAGCAGCAGUUUGAUGGGUUUGGGAUCAUCCCCUGGGGGAACCAAGGCAAUCAUAAUUACAACAGGGGUGUCCUUUAUGUUAUCUUCUCCAGGCACAACAAUCGGCAUCAUCACAACAGAAAUGGUGGCGCUCCAAGGAACAACCGAUUGCUCGCGCUGAAUGCUCGCGGCAACAACCACCGACAGCAGCACAACAACAACGACCAUGAGGUGCGGUACUUAUGUUUCAAGUGCGGGGAUUACCUCCAGAACUCUCCAGAGUCUGGUGUGCACUUGUGCGAUGCCGGUGGCCCACACCUGGAGCAGAGGCAGUCCCACCAGCUACACAAUAACAAUGGCGGAGAGCUGCAACAGCAGCAACAUGAAGACCUGCAGGCCAGGCUCAAAGCUUUCAUGGAAGAAGCCAAAGUGGCGGUGAGCUCUGAUGUGAAACUGUCUCAGGAGGAUAUUCACAAAGUCUGUCUAGAGAGGGCCGAGAAAUUCCUCUCCUUGUACAAUCAGCUGCAGAAUGAGCAAUUGUCAAUACAGGAGCAGCAGGAGAAGCUGGAGGCCCAGCGGAAGGAGCUGGAGAAGCGAGACGGAGAGCUGGCUGCUCUGCAGACACAGCUAGAGGACGACCGCAGCAAGCUUCUCAAGGAGUGCAAGAAGGAGAGGGAGGAGAUUGCUCGCAAGUGGCAGGAACUGAAAGAUGAGAUCUCACGCAUGGAAGAAAUGCACACAAUGCAAAAGGGUAGAAUUCGUCUUGAUGUUGGUGGAAGUGUGUUCACAACUUCAAGGUUAACCCUGACCAAAGAUGCAGACUCGAUGUUGGCAGCCAUGUUCAGCGGACGUCACCAUGUAACUCAGGAGGAGGACGGUACGGUCUUUAUCGACCGAGAUGGCACACAUUUCAGAUACAUCUUGAACUAUUUGAGAGAUGGAGGUGUCAACCCUGAUGGGUUGCCGCGGGAUCGCCAGGUGCUGAGAGAGCUGCGGAAUGAAGCUGUCUACUUUCAGUUGAAUGGGCUUGUCCAAACCAUUGAAAAGUUCUUGUAGGAUGAAUCUGUUUGUCUCCCGACCUGCCGGAGUAAUGAGGGGUCUUUGCGCCCGUCGAGUCGACCCAAGUGACUUGCAGAAGUCUCCCUCGGAGCCUGUGCUUUUUCGGAUAGCUGCUUCUUUCCCCGUGGGUGUGUGUUUGCCUGCUACCCAUCAAGCCUAGUGCAAGCUGCGCCGCUGAAAGAAGGAGUAGAGCAGAUACUUUACUACUAGCACUCUGUGUGUGUGGUGUGUGAUGUUGUAGUACUUCAGGAGAAAUAUCAGUGUAUUUUUUUUCCCAAGUCUUACUAAUGAUUGCCUUUGGCACUUCCCAUGUGGUUGUUGUGGUAUUAUCCUGCACAGCAUUUGAUAAAUGUCUUUUCUCUUUUAGCCAUAUUUUUAAAACUAAGGCACUACUUCACUUGCUCAUAUAGUGACCACCUGUGUUUAGUAAUUUUAGACUUCACUACACAAGGAAUUCUUUGACAUGAUUGACAAUCUGUCAUAAUGAAAUGUUAAUUUUCUUCAUACCUUGGGAAAAUUUUUAAGAUGUAUGUUUAGUUAGUUUAGUACAUAAGAAAAAUGAAAUUUUAUGCAUGGUUUCAAAACGUUAUUUAGAUUGGAGACUUGUCCUGAAGUAACACAUUGAUGGAGUCUGUGCUUAGUUGAUUGCAAUGGUAGCUAGGUGUGACGACUACUAUUACCCCAUUCCCAUUCCCUCACUGACAGCUAAAGUAUGAUGUUUCAUCUGUAAAAUCGAAAUUUUUCCACUUAUUUUUUUUUUCCUUCUUCUCAUUUGGGCUGUUUUCCUUUUAUUUCUUCUUUUAUUUUAUUCUAGUUCCUUUGCAGAUGUUAUUUCUCAAGUGGUGAAAAUUUUAUGACUGUUGUAAAGACAAUACUUUUUCUGCUCUUGCACUUGUUUGUCUUGUGUCCAUAUUGUCUUGGUUGUGCUGACGCUGAUCUGUACAGACCUCAGCACCCAUCGCUGCUGUUCUCUCCUAUCUUUGGCCACUGUGCUGUUUCUCCGUGUUGACUUCAAUGUGAGUGAGUUGACUGUUAUGUACUAUGGUCUACAUUACUAUCAGGCACUUUGCCGCCUCUCGUCUCCUUGUGGGUCUGUCUGCUGAUCUGCAUCAUGCCCAAAUCAUUCCCCUUUAUGGUUUUAGAGAAAUUUUCUGUUUGUUAUUCUGGGCUCUAACGUUGUUGUUAUGUCAGGGUUAUAUUUUAUUUUUAAAACUUUUUGUCAGUUAUCCAGUGCUUCGUUGACCUCAAGAGGAGAAUGUAUCUCUCUUCUUUUGUUUCUCUGUGUUUGGUCCCCAUGUCCUGCUCUCAUUUCUCUGUCACACCGCAGUUGACUGCCGUGAUGUGAGGGUGGGGGGAUGGCCUGUGCUGUGGCUGUCCUUGUGCUGCGCUUUGUUUCAUGUGAUAUUGUAGCAUCCAAAAUCCAUAUUCAUGUUUUGCCAUCAGGAGGCACUCUAUAAUAACCAUGAAAAGACUUUGAUCUUUUAUUUUGUUUUAAAAAACAACAUUUUAAAUCGUUAUUUUUACUGCAUGCAUUUGUAAACGGUGGCGGUCGUGUUAAAAAUAAUCUAGCUCGGUAUUUUCAUCUUUAUGAACUGUCUUUUAAAGGAUUAUAGAUUUUCUCUCUGUCUUUGAAGACAUAUACUCUUUUAACCGUUACUAUAUACAUAUAUAUGAAUCUUGUAAAUUAACUAGAUCUAGUGGCAUCUGUAUUGUGAGCUAUUUGCAAUCAGAAAUGACUUGUGUCUGGGUUUGUUUUUUUUAACCGAUUUGUUGGAGAAAAAAACCUAGAGGCAACUCUUCUGCUUUUCUUUUUUCUUGUUUGAAUACUACUCGGCCAAAUUUCACCUGUGGAAUGAUAAAUUUUCCUCAACCUUAUCUUUCUUGUUGAUAUUGUAAGUAGUUGCCUUAUGCCAAUGCAUGCUGGUUGGGUUCAGUGGUAAUAGAGAAGAAAGCCAAUUUGUUUUGUGGUUGUGGAUUAGAGUUCCUUUUUUUUGUGGGGAUUUCAUUUAGUUGUUUGUUACUCGUGGCUGUUUCCCUGAUUAACAAUUGAUUUGUUUAGCUGUGAUAUAAUGCUUUCUUCUCUCUCUGUUUCUUUGUGAACGUUGACAUCUUUCUGUUGUUUCCCCCUACCCCCACCCCUUUAUUUUUUUCUUAUUUCUUUAUCUUUCAUUUUUCCUGAUUUAAAUUUUGAUUUAUUUUGAAUUUUUUCCCCCCACCCCACCCUUUCUUUCCUAUGUCCAUUUUAUAGCAUCAUUUUAUCUGUUGCUGAUCGGUUGAAGAACAGAAAGACUUUUGUAUUUCACAUUUUUCAUGAUGCAAAUUUUUCUCAGGGUUCAUUGCAAGUGUUAAUGUUUCACCUUCCUUUCAUACAACGGACACCAAAGUGAAUGAGCGUGAGCACAUCGUAGUGAGGAUCUUGUGAGGGUGGGAUGAGGCGGACAGGGGCAGCCUCGCAUGUUGCAUCGAAAAGGGGGCUUUUUAGUGUGGCAUGUGCCUCUAAAGACAAGGCUUUGGCCAUUCCCAUAACAGGGUGGUAGAUAAAAAAGAACAGUAAGAGUAAAUCUUUAUCUCAUUUACGUGAUUCAUUAUAUUAAUUAAGCUUCCAUCUCCUUUUGAAAAAAAAAUAAUUAAUCAAAUCAGGGAUGGGUCUGGGAGCUGAUUUUGAGUCCUGUUCCUUUGCCCUUCACAUCAUGAAAAGGGGGAAGGUUAACGUUAAGUUGGAAGUAAAGCAGCAGGGAAUCUUCCCGAUACAAGUCAAUGCUGAUACAAACCUCUUGGGUUGUGGUGGAAAUACCUUGUACACAUAGUCAUAUAAGGAUUUAGAGAACUUCUUAAGCGAAUCAGAGUCAUUUGUUUCCUCUAAUGGUGGGUGGGGUAGGUAGAUUUGAAAAGUACUUCCUUUCAAUAUUCACUGUUUGUGGUGGACAUGUAUUGACAUUCUAUGAGUAUGACACGACAUGUAUUGCAAUGGCUCAUUCUUCCAGGUGGUACUGUUGUCUUUGUCUCCACCAGUGAAUACUCCAAUGCUUCUCUGCAGUAAGUGACGUUGUUUUCUCAAUCUUAAGAGACCCGAAAGCCGAACGGCAAAGUUGUUUUGAGAAAAUAUAGAGGUAAAAAUGAAUUGCAGGUUUUGCACUUAAAGAAAUGACAGAGGUGAGGCUGUUGAGUCUUGGUAUGAUCUCUCUCGUGCUGUACAUUGCUUGCUCCAGACGCUGCUUCUUCCGUCAGUCGAGGUUUUUGUUCCAGUAUUCUCCCCUGUCCAUAUGUAAAUACUGUCCCACCAUUGGCUUUCUUCAUACACUUGCUUUGGUUGCGUGUAGGGCGGUUUAUAUGGCUGUGUGGUUUUGAUUCAAGCUUGAUUUUUGCCCGUGCACCCUCACCCCCACCUGCCUGCCUCGUGUGACAGGACUUUGCUGUUGUUUGUUUGUUUCCUUGGCCUUCCAGUGAUAGAGGAUGUAGUGUGUGUUGUAACGUGCGACCCCCCUCGCCCCAAGCAAAUAUCACUUGUUUGUUGUUGUUGUUUUUUAAAACUUUAUUUUUAAUGCCUUUUACUUUUCAAGUUUGUUUGUGUUGGCAUUGAUAAUCACGAAUUCCAUAAAACUGUUCUCUGGACUUAGUUGCUACUGCAUUUGUUUUGUAUGAGGUGAAAUAAUCCUGAACCAAUCAUAUUAUACAUAUAUAUAUCUUCAUUAUCGUGUAUUUGAUAAUAUUUGCUAUGCUCCAUAUACAAUAGAGAUUCACUCUAGUUUAGAUUGAGUACCGGAUUUUAUUCCCUAAUGACUUGUUUUAUACCUUUGAGCAUAUUGUGCUAUACUGUCGUAGACUGUUUGUUGCUAUGGGUAUACACACUGAAGUAACAAUUUUUUUUCUUUUUCCAUUUGGACCAGGUGGUUGAGACUCUCUGCCUGAUGUAGAAGCGAAGAGCAUCGUUUAAUGAAAGGGUUCACAAAAAUUGCAAACAAGUUUUCAUCAUUGUUAUUAUAUUGAUAAAUCAAUGCAGCUUUUUUCCCCCCAUGAUUAUUUGGUACAUGUAAUAGAUUAUGCGAAAGGACCGUUUCAACCGUUUAAAUCUUAAUAAACUGCUUCGCAUUAUGGUGUGGUCUUUUGUUUCAGAAAGAGACAUUUUGGUAUGAUGUCAAUUGGCCCAAGAAUCCUUUCAUAAAACAUGUCUCUUUGGUGACUGUGACAUAAAGAUACACUUCACCUCCUCCGCCCCUAUUCUUGGUAGACAGCUUACUGUUGUGCUGUGUUCUUCGUGGUUUUAGAGUGGAGCCAGCCGUUAGAAAAAUGGAAGUGAAAGUUACAAUGGAGUAAGUUAUUGUGCUGCACUUAAUUUUUUAUUAAGUGUUGGAGAUAAAAAUUGGGACUCUACUGGAAAUGAUAUGCUUAUUUUGUAGGUGGUUAGUUCUUGACAUGUAAGGGAAAGACGGCCCAGUUCAUAUUGGUGUUGUGUACAACAAGCCAGUCCUUUGGUUUUAUUUAUAGCUACUCGAAUUUGUGAUAAUUUAGUCAUGUGUUGUCCUAGAGGGAUGAAUUAGGUUUUGACCCAGAUAAAUCCUAUGUUGACUCAGAUUACUUUUAACUAAAUUGGUCUUAAGUACAAGUAAAAAAUGGGUCAACUUGAUACCUUGACAAUAGGUUCGUGAAUUUAACACUUUGCCCCCACGGGAAGGCGAUCGGUGACGGAAAGAAGCCGCCCCCUUUCCCCAUGGGACGCUGAUCGGUGACGGUGUGAUAUAGCGUGUACUGCACCUGUAUCCUGGUCCAUGGGGAUAAGUGUUGCGCGCUGUGUGGGUGGAAAGUGUUAAGGGCACUUUUGUUUUUAUGAUAGUUCAUUUUAUCUAGGUUGUAUCCCUCAGCUCAGGAGGUUGAGUUCUGGGGAGAGAAUAGUCUUCUAGAUGUUGGGUCCUAGUGGGUUGAAUACAUUCUUUAUUCACUUGAUACCUCAUAUAUAUCUACUUCACGCAGAGAGUCGCAGGUUUUGUUGUUGUCUCUAUAUAUUAUAUAGCCAUAAACUAUUCCAGAUUCAUUUGUGAUUGUAUUACCUUUGCUCCCUCUGAUUAUCCCUUAUGACUGACACUAACAGUGGCGCUGCGUUGGGGCGAAGUCACCUUCUCGGUUUUUCUCUUUGCUGCAUCCUCUUCUCCCAAGCUGUCCCUAUUGAAGUGAAUUAUUGUGGCUUCUCUUAGAACUGUAAUUGUUUUUGGAUUCGACCAGUCACAAUGUGGGAUUUUUAAAAGUCGUGGUGCUUAAAGUGGUAAAAAAUUUGAAGCUUUGUUAUUGAAUGCACUUUUUUCAGUAAUCAAACAUCUGUUUUGUAAAGAGACAAGGAAUCGUAGAAGUUUGUCACAGCUGUUGCGUUGUCUAAUUACUUUUCCUCUUUAGAGCACAAAGGGCUGAAAUGAACCAAAAUGUGAAAUAUAUGACUUUGAAAAGUUCAGUUGCAGUUGGUGGUAAAUUGACACCAGUGCUUUUGUGGACUGCUUUCCACAUUGAUCAGUCUUGAUAGUUUAAUUAGGGUUAUUAUCCGUCCAUCCUCCGCUUCACCAGAAAGUUUCCACAUUUUGUUGUAAAUGGCGUCUUUGCUUGCCCGAGAGAAGCACCUGUUGUAGUUCAGUGCCAGCUAUCUUAUUGGAAAUCAAACCCAUCACCUCUUGGCUGUUGGCUCAUGCCCUGUGACUGCUAUAAUUUGGGGAGGAUAAGGUGCACCUGGUUUGUCCUACUUCUGUAUCAGCUCUUUUGUUUUUUCAGUCUGUCUGUCUUUCUAGCUUUUUUCCCCCCAAGUGACUGUUAUUGUGUUAAUGUGUGCCUCUUUAACUUGACCCAAACCUGACCCCAGGGCUUUAUAUCUGAAUUAUGGCCAAAAAAGAAAAAAGUUGUAUUUCUAUUUCUUCUUCCUGUUUGAAAAGCCAACAGCUGGUCUGUUGUUGUGACACAGGGUAGCCCUCUACUUGUCCUCCAAGAAAGGGAAGCAAAAAC